CAGUUUUGUGUUACCGUCGAGAACGGUGAUUGCGUAUACGGUACUGUAUAUAGUAGGCCUAUACCUUAUUGUCAACUUUGUCUUGGGAUUUAAUGAGAUUUUUGUAUAUUGAUAUCUUCCGCUUCUGCACCUGGUAUAUUGUAUUCAGAAAUUAGGUAGAAGACUACGAUUGAUUCGCCCUUAUCUUAGAAUUCAAGUUUUGAAUUCCUUUCUUUGGACAUUUCUAUAGCUCGAUUUUUCACAUUAUCGCGUCUUAAUUAAGUACAAGAUAAUUUUUAUACUUCCCUGACUAUAAUCAAUUGUGAGGAAUACUGCGUGCGUGCACUUUGUAACUAGCGAGUGUGUCGUACAUCUCUAAUGACACGCCAGGAUAUUCUUGAUAUUUAAUCGAUGCCAUACACGUAGAGGACUUAUAUUGAAGGAAAUGUUGUUUGCAUUCUAUAGAGCCAACGACGCGUGUUGUACAUGUUUACCUGCCGUUAUUUGAUACGGUCUGCGCUGAGUUUGUGUACCGCCAAGUGUUUGAAGUAACGAUGGUGAACUAACACAGUCAGGAACAGCUUCAUUUCAUCAGUGAUUUCUUUAGCCAAAGCUGUGCUGAAAUAUUAGGAAUGAAUUUCUCUUUCUCAGCAAUCAACACACUAAAUUAAUAUCUGAAACACACGACCGUUUAAUACAAUCGCUGCCGGAAUUAUCCUACACGAUUGUGAAAUAUUGGAGUUUACUCCCUGGGAAACAAAAGGCUUGAAAUACUCUGUCACACAAAGUGGACUUUAUCAAUACACGUUAUACGCACGGAACGCCCUGCUUAUACACGAUGGAUGAUUCAACGGAUAAAUCUUCUGUAAGAUCGCAUUCCACUGUUGAUCAUCCAGUGUAUGGACCAAUAUGCUACAGAAGACGAACACGGAAACCUUCCAGAUGGUCCGUGGUCUCCAGAAGAAUUUCAAUGAUGGGAGGAGGACGCAAUGCAGCCAUGUUCCGCUCUAGCAAGACUUCCACAGUCGUACCACCAAAACCUCGUUUGGAGAAUACGUACAAAAUGGAUCCAGAUACAGGUGCAGGAUUCAAACACGACAAAGUCGAACAAGAAGUAUCAGUUAUCCUCGAACGAGUGUUGAAAUACGAAGAGUAUGACGCAAAUUGUGGCAGACUAGCGGCCAGGUUGACAGAACUGAUAAAAUCCAAGAUCAAAGAACUGCACUUCAGUCGCCAUAAACUCGUAGUUCAUGUGGUCAUUGGGUCUCAGCAGGGUCAGAGCCUUGAGAUCGCUAGCCAGUGUCUUUGGAACCAAAGCACGGAUAAUUUCUGUUCUGCCUGGUACCAAAAUGGUACUUUAUUUGCAAUUGCUACGGUGUAUGGUGUGUACUUCGAGUGAAUGUUUUUUACAAGCUUAAGUCAUUUUUUCUGUUCAGUAGGACUAUUCCAAUUUUAGUCGCAUUGUUCUUAGACUGGGACAUAGUGAACAUUUUUAGCAAGAAAUAAAUAUUUCGGCGCCUGUUAGGCCUACAUUAUUUUAUACUUUGCACUGUACGGUAUUCGAAUCUUCCGAAUAUAUUGGAAUCAAA